CUUAUAGUAGCCCAAAUACUUAAAAUAUGAAUAAUCUAAUGCACACACAAAGCGAAAAACACUUGCUUGAGCCUUCUACCAACUUUGCUACUUCGGGCAGCAUCGAAUGGAGAAAGGUUCCAAAAAUUCCAGAGACCCAACCAACCCAAGAAACUGAUGAAAAAAUCCAUCACCAGCCGGCUCAAGAAAGAAGCCAUAGAUACAAGAUGGUUAAGAUCACUGAGAAACUAGAGUAUGAAGACUGAGAAGACUCUAGUGAGAUAGAAAGAAGACCUUCCUCAAGCCCUAACUCUUGCACUCCCGAGCAACUCUCAGGUAAAACUCACUAUUGAUUACCUCAAAGAAAAGAGAAUGGUCAUGAGUUUGAAAAUAUCCAGCUGAAUUUGAAGAAGACGCUUACUGAAGAGAAGAAUGACCGGAAGAUUUUGAUCCCAAAGGUUAAAAAAGUAAAAUUUAUCCCAAACAAGAAAGCUGAGAAUCAUAAGUCGAAGCGCCAAAAUAUAAUUUAUUGAGGCUCAAAAAGAAAAACUAGCUUCGAAUGUACAGACCUUGGUGACAGGAAAUCAGUAAAGCAGAUACUUAUUUCAGAGAAAUGAUUGGACCAAGAGUUACUGUUUAGUACUGGGAGUAAAUCUGCUAGUACAAGUAGCCAGAGCCUUAAAGAGAUCCCACUGAAGAAAUUAAAGAGUGAUGAUAGUCUGAUUCUUGACCAGGAUGAUAGCAAAUUCGAUCUUGAUAUUCCGGAUAACUUAAUGAUGAGGAAAUCAAAGUCUCUGUUCCCACCAGUGUUCUCGUUCUGUCCUCCAGCUCCUCAUAAUACAACGAAGUUUUAUUGUCAGUUGAGAAAAUUACCGUCAUUACCCAAUUUUGAGAAGAUAGAUGAAACCAGUGACGAAGAGACCUUUUCAUUUAGUGGAAAUAUGCAAGAGCCAUGAGAGUCUAUGUGAGGAUUGGUUACUGGAGAAAUGUUUUCAUAAAAUUGGAAAUACUUAAACUAUUGUAAUGAUCGAUUCUUGAUUUCAACAUGC